AAAAGAAACCCCAUGACAGAGCGGAUGACAGUCAGAUCCUCCUGGAGUUUAGAGGUGUCAACAUCAGCGGCUACAGAUACACUCUCAUGAUCGACAUUGGGUUCCCUGGAAACCGGUAUUCAUGACAUGCCAGUAGCAUUUAAAGAAGUGAAGACAUGAUGAAUGGAGAAACAAAGAUUCAUGCCCUCUCAGACAGUACAACUUUGGAGGACACUGAAAAAGGAGGGGUCGUUGUCACAGGAAUCACAAAUCCAGCGAUUAACCUGAAGGAAGAUGAUCAGCUUGUUGUUGCAACCAUUCACCUGGACCAUCUCAGUAAAGAUGAAGUGCUAAACCUGAUCAGAAUCCUCGAGCCCUACGACAAGAACCUUGAACUUAAGACAGCAAAGGAUCUGAAAGCAGAACUGUCUCGUGGUGAUCUCCAAUUAAACAGUGAGGCAGGACUUCAAGCACCAGGCGUUCAGAUUAAUGGGCUGAAUGGACAGAUAAAUGCCCCUUGCCUUAAGGAUGGCAUCUCAACCCCAGCAGUAAAUGCCAAAAUGCCACAGACUGAGCUAAAGGAUGCCACACCUAACUUCAGCCACCCAACUUUUGGCAUGUCUGCACCAAAUCUCAAAGGAGCAGGUCUGGAUGGUACAUUAGAAGCAGCUGAUGUCAGUGUCUCUACCCCUACUCUUAACACCCCAGAUGUUUCUGUUAAUGUGGACAAGCCUGAACUGAAGACCAAAACAUCCAAGUUCAAAAUGCCCACCUUUAGUCUACAUGGUAAAAAACCAAAGAUUGACAGUGAUGUGAAUUUAACCGCCCCAGACAUAAAUGCUGACCUAAAAACCCCAAAUCUUAAUCUGUCAACCCCAAAGAUAAAUGGAGAAAUUGGCACCCCUGAAGAAGACAUGAAUCUGGAUGGUACAUUAGAAGCACCUGAUGUCAGUGUCUCUACCCCUACUCUUAACACCCCAGAUGUUUCUGUUAAUGUGGACAAGCCUGAACUGAAGACCAAAACAUCCAAGUUCAAAAUGCCCACCUUUAGUCUACAUGGUAAAAAACCAAAGAUUGACAGUGAUGUGAAUUUAACCACCCCAGACAUAAAUGCUGACCUAAAAACCUCCAAUCUUAAUUUGUCAGGCCCACAGAUUAAUGGAGAAAUUGGCACCCCUGAAGAAGACAUAAAUCUGGAUGGUACAUUAGAAGCACCUGAUGUCAGUGUCUCUACCCCUACUCUUAACACCCCAGAUGUUUCUGUUAAUGUGGACAAGCCUGAACUGAAGACCAAAACAUCCAAGUUCAAAAUGCCCACCUUUAGUCUACAUGGUAAAAAACCAAAGAUUGACACUGAUGUGAAUUUAACCACCCCAGACAUAAAUGCUGACCUAAAAACCUCCAAUCUUAAUUUGUCAGGCCCACAGAUUAAUGGAGAAAUUGGCACCCCUGAAGUAGACUUGACUUUGCCAAAAACUGAGCUCAGUGGUCCAAACCUGGACAUCGAAACACCAAAAGCUAAUAUUGAAGCUCCCUCUGGCAAGAUUAAAUUUCCUAAAUUAAAGAAACCAAAAGCUUCAAAAGUGAAAGUACCAGAGGCGAGUGUUGGUGCAAAUAUUUCUGCUCCAAAUUUAAAUGCAGAUGUUAGUGCACCAAAUGUUGACACUGAUCUGCCAAGAGCCAAUCUUGAAGCUCCAGAUAUUAAAUCUCCUGAUGUCAAUAUAAAUGCUCCCUCUGGCAAAAGAAAAUGGGCACCAUUUAAGAAACCCACAUCUGGUCAGAAGGUUAAAGCACCAGAGGUUGGCUUAGAUGUCUCAACACCUGAUUUAAGUCUCUCAGCACCAAAGAUAGAUGGGGAUAUCAGCAUCCCAAAUACAGAUGUCAAUUUAACAAGUGCUGAUGUUGAUGUAAAAGCACCUGAUGCAGACAUUAAUGCUCCGUCUGCAAAGCACAAGUUCCCCACUUUUAAAAUGCCAAAGCUAAACUUGCAUAAAUCAAAGCUGAAAACUCCAGAUCUAAAUGCAGGGGUACAAGCACCAGACUUGGACAUGUCAGCUCCUGGAGUAGAUAUUAAUCUGCCAAAAGCUGAACUAGAUGGACCGAAUAUAGAGGUCAAGACACCAGACCUCAACCUCUCUGCACCAGUUCUAGAUAUUAAAACUCCAGCUGUUGAUGUGAUGACACCAGAUAUUGAUAUAGAAACUUCAUCUGCAAAGUUAAAUAAGCCCCAUGUUAAACUGCCUAAAGCAAAUCUAUCUGGGCCUAAAAUGAAAGGUCCAGAUGUAGACCUCAAUGCACAGGCAGAUCUCCAUGGACCGAACCUAGAUGUGAAAGCUCCAGAUCUCAGUCUUUCAGCACCCAAAGUGGAUGGCAAAUUGAGUGCUGCUCCACAUGUAGAUCUGAACUUGCCAGAUGCUAACGUCAAAAGUCCAAAUGUAGACCUCGAAGUCCCAGACAUUGACAUAAAUGCGCCUAAAGUAGACAUUGAUCCCCCUUCUGGCAAAGCCAAGCUACCUCACUUUAAGAUGCCUAAAUUUGGUCUUUCUGGACAUCAUGUUAAAACCCCAAAUCUAGAUGCACCUGAUGUAGAUGUGAAUAUCCCCUCAGCAGAACUCAAAGGACCUAAUGUAGAUGUUAAAGCACCCGAUCUUAGUGUUUCCACACCUAAAUUUGAAGGUGACAUUUCUUCUCCCUCUGUAGGCAUUGGCCUACCAAAGGCCAACUUGAAUGCUCCAACUGCAAACAUUGGGGGAAAUCUAAAGUCACCAAAUCUCAAUCUCUCCACCCCAGAUGUAGACAUAGACUUGCCAAAAGCAGAACUUGAAGGACCUGAUGCUACCCUUAAAGUCCCACAUGUUGACAUUAAUGCACCAUCUGGAAAAAUGAAGUUGCCACAUUUCAAUUUGCCAAAAAUGAAUUUCUCGGGGCCAGAAGCUAAAGGGCCUGAGCUGGCAGCUAACACAGAUCUAGAUCUCUCAGUUCCCAAACUCAAAGGAGAAUUAAAUGCCCCUACUGUUGACCUAAAUCUUCCCAAAGCUGAGAUCAGUGCGCCUGAUGUAAAUGCAACUAUACCAAAAGCUGAGGUCAGCAUUCCCAAUCUAGAUAUCAAGACCCCAGACUUAGAGGCUCCGUCUGGAAAGUUGAAACAGAUUACAUUUAAGAAACCAAAAGUUGACCUUUCUGGUCCAAAAGUGAAGACACCUGAGAUUGACUUGAAUACAGAAGCUCCUGAUCUUAGCCUCUCAGCUCCGAAUGUUGAUGCAGAUGUCAAUGUGCCAGAUGCUGAUAUAAACCUUCCCAAAGCAGAUAUUGACAUCAGUGCUCCCAAAGGAAAGUUUAAAUUUCCAACACUCAAAAAGUUUAACCGGUCUGGUCCAAAAGUCAAAUCUCCUGAUAUUGACAUUGCUGCUGAUGUAAAUGGACCAGAUCUGAAUCUAUCUGCACCUGGAGUUGGUAGUCCUGAUACUGAUGUGAGUCUCCCAAAAGCUGGGGUUGAUGUAGACAUUCCCACAGCAGACGUGGACAUCAGUGCUCCCAAAGGAAAGCUGAAAUUCCCAGAACUCAGAAAGUCCAACCUAUCUGGUCCAAAAGUCAAAUCUCCUGAAGUUGACAUAGCUGCUGAUGUAAAUGGACCAGAUUUAAACCUAUCUGCACCUGAGGUUGGUACUCCUGAUACUGAUAUGAGUCUACCAAAACCUGUGGUUGAUGUAGAUGUUCCCACAGCAGAUGUUGACAUCAGUGCUCCCAAAGGAAAGUUUAAAUUUCCAACACUCAAAAAGUUUAACCGGUCUGGUCCAAAAGUCAAAUCUCCUGAUGUUGACAUUGCUGCUGAUUUAAGUGGACCAGAUUUGAACCUAUAUGCACCUGAGGUUGGUACUCCUGAUACUGAUAUGAGCCUACCAAAACCUGUGGUUGAUGUAGAUGUUCCCACAGCAGAUGUUGAAAUCAGCGCUCCCAAAGGAAAGUUUAAAUUUCCAACACUCAAAAAGUUUAACCGGUCUGGUCCAAAAGUCAAAUCUCCUGAUGUUGACAUUGCUGCUGAUGUAAGUGGACCAGAUUUGAACCUAUCUGCACCUGAGGUUGGUACUCCUGAUACUGAUAUGAGUCUACCAAAACCUGUGGUUGAUGUAGAUGUUCCCACAGCAGACGUUGACAUCAGUGCUCCCAAAGGAAAGUUUAAAUUCCCAGAACUCAGAAAGUCCAAACUAUCUGGUCCAAAAGUCAAAUCUCCUGAUGUUGACAUUGCUGCUGAUGUAAGUGGACCAGAUUUGAACCUAUCUGCACCUGAGGUUGGUACUCCUGAUACUGAUAUGAGUCUACCAAAACCUGUGGUUGAUGUAGAUGUUCCCACAGCAGACGUUGACAUCAGUGCUCCCAAAGGAAAGUUUAAAUUCCCAGAACUCAGAAAGUCCAAACUAUCUGGUCCAAAAGUCAAAUCUCCUGAUGUUGACAUUGCUGCUGAUGUAAAUGGACCAGAUUUGAACCUAUCUGCACCUGAGGUUGGUACUCCUGAUACUGAUGCAAGUCUACCAAAUGUUGGGGUUGAUGUAGAGGUUCCAGGCAUCAACACUGAAGCUGAGAGCUCCAAGCAUAGAAUAAAAUGGCCAUUCUGGCGAAAAUCUACUGAAUCAAAUGAUGCAGAUAUAAGCAUUAAAGCACCAGAAGUAAAUGGUACCACUGGAGAAAUUAAACUCCCUGAAAAUAUACCAUUGUUCAAGCCUCACCCCCUACCUGAGAUGAAAAUGGAGAGAAUCUUACCAAUAUUCACAGGAGGGGUUGACCUCAGUGCUGACCCUACAAAAACAACUACUGACACUGUUGUCUCAGUCUCGUCAGUCAAGACUUGUCUUAAUGCUUCUCCUCCAUCUGCUGGGGUCAGUGGACAAACAGCUUCUGUAGAUAUCCAGGAAAAGCUUCGGUUAUCUAAUGCACGUACUACAAGCCCAGAUUUAUGCAUUUCUUCAGAACCAGGCAGCCCUACAGAAGUGAAUAGAGGAACAUUUAAAGUCACCGAGCCUGAUGCUGCAAAGGACUACCAAGUAACUGAUACAACUAGCAACGAAGAGGAUGCCAAGAUUACCCUCAGCUUGAACAACAUGCUUGGUUUGUAAACAGACUAAACUUUAAAUAAAACCAGGAGUCUUGUUAGUGUUGUUCCACACCCACUGCAUAUAGUUAAUACAUAUGUAAAACAAUACAUACUUUUAAAAUGGGUAGAGUAUUGACAGAGAACCAUUAUAUAAUUUGACAUAUGACAUUAUUUUUAUAUUCAGCUAUAUACAUAAUUGUAUAAAGUCCUCUUUAAAUGUGCAAUGAUUGUAUCUCCUCAAAACAUGAAGGAAAAAAUUAUGAAUCUGUAAUUCUAUUUUGUCACUAUUUUAUGUAAUAAUAUCUAGUCUCUUGUUUACACUUAUUUUCAUUCCAUAUAUAUGUCAGUAUUGCAAAUUGGAAAAAAUAAAAUAAAAUAAACGAACAAUAACUUUUAAGCGCAAAAUUUACAUCAGUAAAAUAACUUUUCUUUGUUUGUUCCAUAAAGCAUGUACCUAUAUCUGUUAGCGCACAAAUGUCUCAAAAUUCCUUAAUAAAGUUUGAUAUGAACAUUGCA